UCAUAAGCGUAGCCAUUGCGAGCAGAGGAAGGAGGCAGCGACGGAAAUGCAAUGCAGCAGCAGCAGCAGCAAUCCUCACUGCCAAUGUGUUUCCAUUUUAUAUCCUCAAACAAAUAAAAUAUGGUCUUUUAAGCGAACUCUUUCAGUUACUCCACCACCACCACCACCACAACAACAACGAGCCUCUCGCGACGAAAAACCGAAGCUAAUAACAAGUGUUUCUAACCCAUUUGUGAAACAUUGCCUCAAACUCCGCAACUGCUCUUCCUAUCGCCGCUCUCAUGGUUCUGCUCUUGUUGUGGGUUCUACCCCUAUCAGAGAAAUCUGCAGAUUUCGAGACUCGUUACAAGAUGAAAGUGUUUUGAUGGAUUGUUUGAUUCUUCCUGAUCAAGCUGAAAUUCCUGAUGGAUUGGAUAAAUCCACUGCUUCUAUUGUGCGUGUAAGCUCCAUAGUGAUGAGAAAACUGUCUGGGCUGCAAUCAAUUGACUCUAUUGAUGCAGUUGCACUUGUGAAAAUUCCUGCCAGUUUUUUCGAUGUAGAUUACAAUCAAAAGAACUGCCAGAAGUGGUUUCCAUCUGCGCAUCGGAUUUUAGUCCUUGAUGGGAUUCAGGAUCCUGGUAACCUUGGUACUUUGCUCAGAACAGCAGUGGCCUUCAGAUGGGAUGGAGUUUUUCUUCUUCCUGGCUGCUGUGAUCCAUUCAAUGAGAAAGCUCUACGAGCUAGCCGCGGUGCCUCCUUUCAGGUCCCUCUUGUGUCUGGCAGUUGGAAUCAUCUGGAGUUUCUCAAAGAAGAAUUCCAUAUGAAGUUGCUUGCUGGGCAUCCAGAGCAUGAAGGGUUGGUCAAGCCAGUUUGUUUGCUUUCUCCAAGUUUCUGUGAUUCCAUAUCAGAUAUGCCAUUGUGCUUGGUUUUAGGCAGUGAAGGAAGUGGCCUUUCAGAAAAAUCCCUGCAGGCAUGUGAGCUUGUGAGCAUUGCAAUGGCUGGAGAAUAUGAAUCACUCAAUGUUUCAGUUGCUGGUGGAAUUUUCUUGUAUAUGCUACAACCAAAGAGUCGAUGAUAUUUUCUGAUUCUAUAUUUGUGCUGUCUCAUUCAAGUUCUUCAAUUCUUUGGGCCGAGGAAGACAUGUACAGGUGCAGUUAAUUAUGACCUCUCAUCCAAGAGGCUAUGUUGCACAGCAAAAAUGCCUCCAACUGUCAUGCGGAUUGCAACUUUUUCCCUUUUUUAUUCUUAUUAAAGCUAGUAUUUCUGCUCACAUUUUGGUUGGGCUGAGGAUUGGGCGGGAAGAAAGUCUUCAAAUAUCUGUAUGUUAUGUAUCUUCACUCCAGCACCCUUUUCGUCGCUAAGAAAAGAGGGUGCUUCUUUUUCAUUUUCUUAGAAAUGUCUGUAUAUAAAUCACAAUAGAAACCAAGAAAAUGGGCUAAAAUACAAUACUAUUUUGGUAACU